CAGAAGUCCCCGACCUUCCUGAGAACAACAUCAAUUUCCUCCAAGGUUUGGCAACCUCUUUUUGUCCCAAGGAGAGAUGGGAAUUCCCCUUUAAAAAGGGAUCGAGUGAAAGGCUGCUGAGAAGGAGGUGUGACCCAAGUGUCACUCACUUGCCGGGGAUGCAAGGUGUUUUCUUAAGGAAUCCUGUUCUCAGAACUGAGCUGCAAGCCAAGAAGAUCUGACACCAGGCUUCUUGGGAAGGAAAGUUCAGAAGCGCCAGAAAAUCCAAUCUCUGUGUGAGGCUUGGCUGUGACAAGGAGGAGCAGGAGAGUCGGCACCUGGGGAGCUUUCCAAGAAACAGACAGAGGGAAGCUGUGUGAGGAAUUUGCAUCGUUGGGAAGAUGGCGGCCAAGCAGGGCGAGCCAGUCACCAUCAUCAGCCUUCGGAAGCUGAGCUUGGCGACCCCAGAGCCACAGCCCAAAGAAACGAAGACGUUCACGGUGGAAGAUGCGGUGGAGACCAUUGGCUUUGGACGCUUCCACAUCGCGCUGUUUCUGAUCAUGGGCAGCACUGGGGUUGCAGAGGCCAUGGAGAUCAUGUUAAUAGCGGUUGUGUCUCCCGUGAUCCGCUGCGAAUGGCAGCUGGAGAACUGGCAGGUGGCAUUCGUGACCACGAUGGUGUUUUUUGGCUACAUGGUGUUCAGCAUCCUCUUCGGUGUCCUGGCUGACAGAUAUGGCCGCUGGAAGAUUUUGUUCAUCUCCUUCCUGUGGGGAGCCUACUUCUCCUUGCUGACCUCUUUUUCUCCCUCAUACAUCUGGUUUGUCUUCCUGAGGACGAUGGUGGGCUGUGGCGUGUCUGGCCAUUCACAAGGGUUAAUCAUAAAGACUGAAUUUUUGCCUACCAGAUACCGAGGCUAUAUGCUGCCCUUGUCUCAGGUUUUCUGGCUUGCUGGCUCCCUGCUCAUCAUCGGCCUGGGCUCCGUGGUCAUCCCCACCAUUGGGUGGCGUUGGCUUAUCCGCAUUGCCUCCAUUCCUGGCAUCAUCCUCAUCAUGGCCUUCAAGUUUAUUCCCGAAUCUGCCCGGUUCAAUGUCUCCAUUGGGAACACCCAGGCUGCCCUGGCCACGCUGGAGAGCAUCGCCAAGAUGAACCGCUCGUCCAUGCCGCAGGGGAAGCUGGUGGAGCCCAUUCUGGAUAAAAGAGGAAGAUUUAAAGAUUUGUUGGAUGCGAAGUAUUUACGGACCACCUUACAGAUCUGGGUCAUAUGGCUGGGCAUCUCCUUCGCCUACUACGGGGUCAUCCUGGCCAGCGCCGAGCUGCUGGAGCGAGAUCUGGUCUGCGGGUCGCGCCCCGAGUCCACGGAGGUGGUGGCCACGGGGGCCUCGGGGGACGGCGGGAGCCCCUGCCAUUGCCACAUGUUCACCCCCUCCGACUACCAGACCAUGAUCAUCAGCACCCUCGGCGAGAUUGCGCUGAAUCCUUUAAAUAUCCUGGGCAUUAACUUCCUGGGCCGACGGCUGAGCCUUUCUAUUACCAUGGGAUGCACGGCUUUAUUCUUCCUGCUCCUCAAUAUUUGCACUUCAAGUGCCGGUCUCACUGGCUUCCUCUUCAUGCUGAGGGCCCUGGUAGCAGCCAACUUCAUCACCAUCUACAUUUACACCGCUGAGGUCUACCCCACGACCAUGCGCGCUUUGGGGAUGGGGACCAGCGGCUCCCUGUGUCGCAUUGGGGCGAUGGUGGCGCCAUUUAUAGCCCAGGUUCUGAUGAGCACAUCCUUCCUGGGCGCCCUGUGUCUUUUCGCAUCGGUCUGUGUUGUCUGUGCCAUUUCUGCAUUUACUCUCCCCAUUGAGACCAAAGGACGGGCUCUGCAGCAAAUUAAAUGAAGACCUGGAAGACCUAUGUCCACCAGAGAACUACAGGACAUUUUUUAAAACCUGGUUUUAUUUCUGUACAUUACUGGUAUUUUAAGAAACUGAUUAUGCAAGACAUACGAAUAAGGUGGGGUUAUCUGUAUAUUACUUUUUCCUGGGAGACAAUAGGUAAAGAACCACACAAAAUAGAUUGAUUAGAAAGGUCUGUCUGGGAAAUGGCUUCCUUCCUUGACAUUAAACCCAUUAGCCUUUCUAUCAGUAAUAAAUCUCAGACAAAAGACACAGAUUUGAUAGUUUCCCAUGAGGUUAGUAGUAAAAGUUGAAUUCAAUUUUUUUGUGUGUGGGACCCUCGCUGGUGGCCGGGGAAUGAACCGGCGCUGCAGAGGCUGCAGGCAACCUCGCAGCCCAGCGCUCAACCGCUGCGCCACCAGGGGAGGCCCUGAAUUCAAAUUUUAUAGAACUUAGGUAUCACCCUAAGCCUUUCAAAGCAAAUAGUCACUAAGUUCAUUGUCACUUAAAUUGACUCCUAUACUUUAGUUGUAAAAUAAUACUUAGUAGGUCUUUUCCUGGUAACUAUUUUUCUUCUGACACUGUCUCUUCAUUCUGAUUUAAUUUUAUGGGGGAAAAAUCUGAUUCCCAUGUGAUAAAAAAGUGCAGUUACACAGAUCUUCUCAUAUGCAGGUAUGCUGUUCAAAGUAUGCCCCCUAAGGUUUUUACAUUUAUAUUUAGUCUUUUACUGCUGUUUAAGUGUAUUAUAGUCACCUCUUAAAAUGGGGACCCUAAGGCUGGCUACUCACUCCUCCCACCCCAUUUUGCAGUGGAAAAAACUCACAACCACAGUAAGUCCUCUAACAAGCCAUGCAUAUGAGAAGGUUCACACCCCGCCUCAAUAGGGGUGCAAGGCAUUCCUAUCUGAACCAGACACUCGGUAUCCUCACAUUUUUUCCUCUAUAAGCCUUUAAAAACAUUCUUAGAACUCAGGUGGCAUGAAAGCAGACCACAGGUUGAAUUUGGUCACUACGCCAGUGUUGUUGAAAUAAAUUUCUAGGGUCAAGCUAGAAUCACUGCUGUCCAGGGUGGCACAGUAACUUUCUGUUCCAGUCAACACUCUGCUUGACUAGUGUAGCCAACCCCCAAGCUACCUCUGCGAACUAAUUUCCUUGUUCCUUAAUCCUAAAGCUUUUUUGUCUUCAGCCCCAUUUUGCAGUUCUCUGGACCAUUAGGAAAAGAGAGAGACUGCCCGUUUCGGGAAGUGUUAAAUAAAGCCUAGGGAGGCUCUGAAGCUCACGUCUUAAUGGCCUGCAGGACAAGAUACACCUGCUGAACCCUCUGCGUUCACUGUUCUUGUUUGAAUGAAGGGCCAUGGGUAAGUCAUCCUCAUUUGAGCUCUGCUCCCUUGUGUGCAGCUCUAUGAUCCAAACCAACUUGACUUUAAAACAAUGGUUCCCAGAAAGGUUCCAGGACAGUAAUACUGGUAGUUCCCAUUAGGAGACUCAUAAAGCCACAUAAAUUUGGACCCUUUCAACCAAUGGCACAACUAAUUCUUAAGUAGAUACAAGCCAGGUUAUGAAGUCAUUAGAGCAUCUGCCACGAUAAAGAAAGCUGCUCAUGAAAGGAGUAACAGAUUGGGAGAACCCAGACGGUGCUAAAGAAAUGGACGUUUGAAAUAACCAUUCCACCUUAGCACGCCUGUUUAUGGCUACAAAAAUGAAAAAAAGACAACCUUGAAUGAGAAGGUUGGGGAAUGUUCCAACUGGACAAGCUUGGCCAUGUAAGUACACCCGAAAGGGUUCCCAAACCAGCCAGAAUGGAGCACCCAUUUUAACUUGUGGAGAAACCUCUGAAAGACUUCGUAAUCCCAAAAUAGCUUCAUUGAAAGAUUCAAUAACACAAAAAGAUUUAACAGGUACCUAGUCUUUGCAUCUCUGUAGGGCAUUCGUGAGCAUGAAAAAAGUGGAAUACCUACAUUUUUUAAUGUCAAUGACUCACUAUUUCUACCUAUACAAACUAAAUUCAAACUUACAUUAUUGAAAUAGGUAUCUCAGUAAAUCUGUUGAACUGCUAGCCAUGUUUAAAUAAUCUAUCUAAUUAACUGUUGUCAAGAAUUUUUCAUUUACCAGUUGGGCAACCACAAAGGGACCCAGAAGGGGCAGGAGGACAUGAGGUCCUAGUUAGCUGGGGGCCCUUUGAAAGCCCAUCUUCCCGCACUCAAGUGAGAGUGAGUCCUUCCUGGAUCUCAGACCCGAUGGUCCUUGAGAAGAUUAAAUUACUGUUUCAGGUUAUGGAAUUCUAGACUAAUAUUCAGGUUAAAAGAGUAAAUUUUACAGCUCAAAUUGCAAUUUUGCUCAGGCAGACACUAUUCCUGUAAGUGGUUCACUUAAUAGUAGGAUAUCAAUUGAAUAUAUUUACACAAGCAAUCAGGAAAAGUCAGCUCAAGGAAAAUAAAGUAGGUGGAAUGACCAAGACAUGCAAAACCAAAGAAACUACAGACAGCUUGGCUAUCUGAGUAAGGUAGAACCUUGCUGUUGCUGGCUUCUCAGAUCUCUUUCCUAACUGGUCCAGAUGAAUGUUCCUACAAGGAAAGCUAAAGGGGGCUUCUCUUAGUCCUCUUCUCUUGAAAAGUGACAUCUGGCUUCCUUCUUUUGGCCUCCCUCUUUCAAUGUCUCGUGUGUCAUGCUCUGUUCGUGUUUUGUAUGAAGAUUUCUAAUUCAAGGCUACAAAAUGAACUCCAGCCUUCAGGUACUGGUCUAAACUAUUUAAUGGGUAGGGCAGGAAAUUUGAGUCCCAGGUCUUGCCAUUUACCCCCAUACAUUUUUCCAGUCUUGAGGACUGGGAACUGCCAUUUUUAGAUUUUGUCUUUUAAGAAGAUGCACUGAAUUAAUGGAAAUCCUGGAAGUCAAAAAGUCUUCCAUGUGAAGUUUAAGUUGGAAUAGAUUUAGAAGACCCAUCGGGUUAAUUAAAUAAUGGGUUAAAGUAAGGAUUACUUCAUGCAAAAUAAUCUUACCAGGUAUACUGAUUGGACCAGGGACUCCACCCUGUACAUAAAACUGUAAAUGGUAAUUCCACUUUAAAUUUAUCAUUCCCCAAAUCUCUUAUGGAAAAUCUAAGGUAUUGCUAAGUUUAUUGGGAAUUCAUAGAAAGCCUAAAUUAUUCCAAAUGGAAUUAUUUUCAGCUCCUGAUUAAUGCAGGGGAACUAAAAAAAACUAAUGUCUAUGAGUAAAAUAUGUCACCUAGAAAAACUGAAGCGCGUAUUUUAGAAACUAUGAAUACAUAAAAAUUAAGGUUAUGAGUUCUAAGGAAUGUAUGAAAUUAAAGCUAAUGGGAAUAAGGAUGUAAAAACAGGGACAUGUUUUGACUGAGCACCUAAGAAAGAUUUGGUGUGAAGGUAAAAUAGGUUAGUUAUGAAUAUGAUGUAAGAAAUGGAAAAGCAAAAAAAGGUUUGAGAGAGGAAAGAAAUUUUACGUGGCCAAAUGUGUUAUAAAGGUUUUUUAAAAUUAAGCUUUAAUACCAACUGUUUGAGGGAUAAAAUAAACUGAUUAGCUUUUAAUAACGAAUAUUGUUUAAAUAACCUGAAGACCUGAUGCUCUUCUACCCUUAGGCUUAAGUAGCUAGGAAAAAUCUAGUCCUGUCCAAGUAUAGUUGAACUUAGACAUUUUGCUCUAAAAGUUAUUGUCACUCUGGCUAACUUUGUUUUAUAACAAUGUGUUUUAAAUCUGUGACAAACUUCCCUGGAAAUAAAAAAUCCAAGAUAAUGUCUGAUUAAUUAAAAAAUAUAUGGGAGGUCUUAAAAGGACUCCCACGAUAACCCAUAAAAUUCUCUAAAUAUUAAAGCAGGCCAAUUUAACUGGUCACUGAAGUUCCAUGGGAAGCACUGUCGAAUUUUAACAGUGUAAUCUACACGGGGAGGUUCCAUGUUCUCUGUUCCACCCAAUGAAGGGUGGAGCUGAGCAUGGAGAAGCUAAAAAGGACUGGAGAGAGGAGACUGAGCUUGCUGUCCUAACUGUAUCAAGAAGACAUGUGGAGCAGAGGCACAAGAGAACAGCCAUGCUUGCCUCUCAGGCUUGGAUUUGACAAUGGGAAACAUUUGAAAGCGACAUUGGUGAGAGGUCUGGGGAGAGGCUGAUAAUGGCAGACUUUAUUUUGACUGGCACUUUGAUUUUGCUCCUUUCAUUCCCCUUCUGUCCUUUUCCUAUGGUUCCCCACCAGAAGGUGCCUUAAUCCUAAGCUUUUGGGCCUCAGCCUCUUUGGCUGGAUGUUUGCCUAUAGAGGAUAGGUAACUCUGGGUGUUUUAUUGGGAAACUUUUCUCUCUAUUGCAUGCUAAUUCUAUUAAAGUCCUUGAACACUAAGAGUAUGUUUUGUCUUUAUGCGGUGGAUAGCAGUACCUAUUUAAAGCAUACAAGGUUUGAGGGGGUCCCAUGAUGUCCCUCAUCUGCCCACUGACAAUGUUAAUUAUAUUCAACUUUUAUAGUAUAGAUGUGUUCAUAUUAAAGUCUACUGUUUGCAAUA